AUAAUCGACGAUCUUCGCAAGUCUUUCUUUGACCAGUUAACGAGACCGGUUAUCUACCGAAAAAAACAAUUAGAACGACUUUACGAUUUGCUGGAAGAGAAUGAAGAUAGGAUAUGCGAUGCUUUGUACAGAGACCUUCACAAGUCAAAAAUCGAAUCAAUGGUUGGAGAGAUAUCUUGGUGCAAGAAAGAGUCAUUGGAUGCUAUCGAGAAUCUUGAUAAUUGGGUAAAACCCGAGUAUGUUCAAGUUGGCAUUGCGCACAAGUUAAAUAGCUGUCAUUUGAGAAAGGAACCACUUGGAACCGUUUUGAUAAUUGGUGCAUGGAAUUAUCCUGUCCUUCUCUUACUUGCUCCGUUCAUUGGUGCGAUUUCAGCCGGCUGCACAGCGGUUCUCAAACCUUCGGAAGUUGCGGAGAACACAUCAUCCGUACUUACCGAACUAUUUCCCAAGUACCUAGACCAGAAUGCCUAUCGUAUUGUGAAUGGAGGAAGUCAAGAGACUUCGGCUCUAUUGAAAUUCAGAUUUGAUCACAUCUUCUAUACUGGAUCCGGGCAUGUUGGUAAAAUCAUUAUGACCGAGGCCGCUAAAUCCUUAACACCCGUGACCCUGGAACUUGGCGGAAAGAGUCCAGCGAUCAUCGCAAAUGAUGCGGUUAUCCCAAUUGCAGCAAAACGUCUACUUUGGGGUAAAACAUUUAACUGCGGGCAGACAUGUGUCGCACCAGACUAUAUUAUCUGCGAGAGAUCUGUGCAAGAGGCUUUCAUCAAGGAAGCUCCGAAAAUUGUCAAAGAACUUUACGGUGAAAAUCCUCAGGAGCAUAAGGAUUAUUGUCGCAUAAUUAAUCAGAGGCAUUUUGACCGUUUAAAGAGUUUAUUGGAUCAAACCAACGGAAAGAUUGCUUACGGCGGCAAUACCGACAGAGAUAGUUUAUAUAUUUCUCCAACAAUAGUUUCCAAUGUCCCGAAGGAUGAUGUAUUGAUGCAACAGGAAAUAUUCGGUCCCAUCUUUCCAAUGGUUGUUGUUAAUAAUAUUGAGGAGGCGCUUGAAUUUGUGAGAUCGAAUGAUAUUCCCCUAUCUCUCUAUCCUUUUAGCGCGAGUAAUCAAACUAUUCAAUACAUUCUCAAUAACACUCGUUCUGGUAUGACGGUUGUCAAUGAUUGUCUCAUGCAAGCGACUGUGCCCACAUUACCAUUUGGUGGUCAGGGUCACUCGGGAAUAGGAAGUUAUCGUGGAAAGAGAAGUUUUGAUGUGUUUAUCCACAAACGACCUGUGAUGAGCACACCAUUCGUUUGUGAAAAAUUGAUGGAAUUUCGUUAUCCCCCUUAUACCGAACGAAAUUAUAAAAUCGUGAAUUGGUUGUUCUUCAAUAAAAAGAAAGAUGGUGGUGGUAGUGGAUUCAAGGGUUUAUUGGGGAUUAUCUUUAUACUUUUUCUGGCCUAUAGCAUAAGAGCCGAUGUCUACUCAAGAUUUGUUGACCUCGCAAAAAACUUUUUCGGCAGUGAUCUAUUUUUUCAUAAGUAA